UUUGAGUCUGCUGGAGGCUCGUCGAGCAGCACCAGGAGGAGGAGGAGCAAGAGGACUUGAAAACUUCACUGCGUCCAGCUGGAGAAAUUUUCAUCCGGGGAGAUUUCUGCGUCUGUCGGAGCCGAGUCGGCACCUUUGUAGUCCAGCUGUGUCCGUCAGAGAGAGGGACCGGUCCGGUUCUCACCGCUGGAACCAUUUCCGGCGUCCAACAUGGAUGAUUUAGAUGCUUUGUUGGCGGACCUCGAGUCCACAACAUCCCACAUUUCCAAAUGCUCACUCUUCCUGCCUGACGAAGCCGCCUACUCCCUGCCUGUUGGGGGUCAGGACCAGAAAGACAUCUGCUCUCCGCCGGUGAGAAGUGUGAAUGGAGUAGAUGAUUCAGAGUCGUUCAGCUCAGCUCAGAAAAGUCAGUGGUCUAGAGAAAGCAGCAGUCCAAACCAACCCUGUGGAGAGGAGGACCACGUUUACAGUUUUCCUAACAAGCAGAAGACCAGCGAGUCGUCAUCAUCACCGGCUGCCAUGAACUCGUCACUGGGCAGCAACCUGUCUGAACUGGACCGCCUGCUGUUGGAGCUCAACGCUGUCCAGCAGAGCACCCCUGCCUUCCCCACAGAAGAAGUAGCUCCACCGCUGCCUGCAAGCAGCACCAUCCGCCACAUCCAGGAGAACGGGCUCUCUGCUCCCGGUAAAAUCCCUCCACCCACCCUGGAAAAGCCGAAGCAUGUCGUAGCAGCGCGACGAAUCCAGGAUGCACGACCGAGUGUGGAGAGCCUUCUGGAUGAGCUGGAAAGCUCUGUGCCCACGCCCAUUCCCACACCCUUGGUCGUCUCAGAUGAACCGAAUGAUGGACAAGCGGAGACCCUGUCUCAGCAACAAGCCAGAAUGUCUGCGUCCUCUGCCACACGAGAGCUGGAUGAACUCAUGGCUUCCCUGUCUGACUUCAAAGUCCAAAGCAAUAUCCAGUCACAGGGCAUCCAGUCAUCCAGUGCUCCUGCAAAACCAGCCAACAAGUUGGACAACAUGCUGGGAAAUCUGCAGUCUGACCUCAACAAACUCGGCGUCCAGACCAACGCUAAGGGGGUCUGCGGUGCCUGCAAGAAACCGAUUGCUGGACAGGUGGUGACUGCCAUGGGCAGAACGUGGCACCCGGAGCACUUUGUGUGUACCCACUGCCAGGAAGAGAUAGGCUCCAGGAACUUCUUUGAGCGUGACGGGCUGCCUUACUGCGAGAAAGACUACCACAACCUGUUCUCGCCGCGAUGCCACUACUGUAAUGGACCCAUACUGGAUAAAGUAGUGACAGCUCUGGACAAGACCUGGCAUCCAGAGCACUUCUUCUGCGCUCAGUGUGGAUCCUUUUUUGGCCCAGAAGGUUUCCAUGAAAAGGAUGGAAAGGCGUUCUGCAGAAAGGACUACUUUGACAUGUUUGCUCCUAAAUGUGGCGGUUGCACCAGGGCCAUCUUGGAGAACUACAUCUCUGCCCUCAACUCACUCUGGCACCCAGAGUGCUUCGUCUGCAGGGAGUGCUUCACGCCGUUCAUAAACGGCAGCUUCUUCGACCACGACGGCCAGCCGUACUGCGAGGCCCAUUACCACGAGCACCGCGGCUCCCUGUGCUCCGGCUGCCAGAAGCCCAUCACCGGCCGCUGCAUCACCGCCAUGGGCAAGAAGUUUCACCCGGAGCACUUUGUGUGCGCCUUCUGCCUCAAGCAGCUCAACAAGGGCACCUUCAAAGAGCAGAACGACAAGCCGUACUGCCACGGCUGCUUCGUCAAACUCUUCAGCUAGACCGCAUGCCGGCUGCGUGUGCAGUGAGCGUGAGAGCACGAAUGCACAAGGGGGAUUAAUGCACACCUACGUGCAUCUAAAACGCAUUACAAUGAGGGUAGAAAUGUUUCUAUCAGGGAUGACACUGAAAGGGACUUCCCUGGAUUUGCCACCUUUUACGCUUUUACUAAAGACCUUUUAACGGAGCCCAAAGAGAUUUUCAUUUCAAUUCCUGUUCCCGAGUGUGCCAGGAACGAGAAAGAAACGUGUUACUUUCUCCUUGGUUGUGUAUAAAUGAUUAAGUUUGAUCUGUAAAGUAUUUCCCCCACCCCCAUUCAGCAGGGAAAGACCUUGCGUCACUUGGUGGUUGGCCUGUGUUGACAUGGUUUUCUGCAGAUCUGAGACUGCUGCUUGAUUGCAUGGACCACUGGGAGUAGAUAUAGACGGUUUUAAAGUACUACGAGUGUUUUGGCGUGCAGCUUUUGGACACCGAGUGGUUAUCAAAGAUGUAUUUUUGUAACUUUGGAAAUUUCUGAGGUGCCAUUUGGAAUAACUGAACCACUUUUUGAUAUGUAUAUGUACACAGAAACGUUCCGCUUUCUUCUCCAACACAGAGCUGUUUGAUCACUUUGACUCCAAAUCUCACAUCCUACAAAUGUGUUUCAUAUGUCCGUGUCAGUUAGUUCUUAUUUUUUGUACAGAUUUCAUAAGAAAACAAGUAUUUUACAUUUUCAACACACCCUUUGACUUUUUUAAAUAUUUAACAAAAUAGUUAAAUCAAACAUUGACAGCUUAGACUUAAAAAUGGAACCUAAAAUUAUCUUGGAAAAUCCUGAUCAGUCCAUCUAUAACCCUAUCCUUUAUCAAUAAAAAAAAAAAAAUCAAAAUAUGAGCUCUGAAAAAUAUUUUAAUGGUUAUGCAUAUAUGGUAGAAAAUGGUAAAAGCUAAAUGCCUAUCAUGAAUAUAAUUUAAAAUCCAAUUUUUCAGAAUUUGACCUGCUGACCAUUGAACUAAAGCAUCCAACCUUUGGACAAUCAAUCGGUACAUCUUUUUUAGCUCGAUAAUUCACAGAAAAACGUACUGAGCCAUACCUUGUUUUAAAUUUAAUACAUCAUCAUGUGUGUUGUGCCAUUUCUAUUCAUAAUGAGAAUAUAAAAACUUGUGUUUUUUAAUCUACUUCAAAAAAUAUAUAUAUAUAUAUAUAUAUAUAUAAAAAAUCACAUGGUGAGAUCUGUUUUAAACUGCAGGUGCAUUUUAUGAGGAAAAACAGUCAAAUUGUUUAGAAAUUGACAUUUUCUUGCUGUAUUCGCAGUUAUUCAAUUGUAGAACUAUAUUUUUAAAAUAUUUUCAGCAUUUUACAGUUUCAGCUUGUGUGCAUUUAUCACAGUUCUAAAUGCAUCUUUACAAACUAGUUAAAGGUUUACAGUAAAGUUGUGCGUUUUGAUCCGAAGCAUGCAAUUUCUUUUACCUGGAGAUUAACAAGCACCAGCUGUCAGUUGCUGUUACAAUCAUCUACAUUUCUACACCUCGAAUAUGCUGAACCUCGUUGGUUUUGAU